AUGAUCAGCGCGGUAACAUCCCCCGUCGCGAGCACCAUUACGACAGCCAGCACCUCGUCCUCCGGCACCUCGACGGCCAAGAGCCACAAGAACAGCCUCGUUAUUCACAGCCUCACCCCCAUCUCGCCGUCGUUCCCGCUCCCGUUCAGACUGACAGACGUGGACCUGCUCCGCCGCGACUGCCACAUCCACGGCGAAUGGGUCUCCUCCCUCAGUAACAAGCGCUUCGCGGUCCUCGACCCGGGCUCCGGUCGCGUGUGGGCGACGUGUCCGGACAGCGCCAGAGACGACGUCAAUCCCGCAGUCAAAUCCGCCUACGUCGCCUUCCAGGGCUUCUCCAAGCACACCCCCGCCCACGAGCGCGCUCGCCUCCUCACCUCCUGGCACCAUCUCAUUCUCGCUAGCCGCCUCGACCUGGCCACCAUCCUCGUUCACGAGACGGGGAAACCGUUAACCGAGGCUCUCGCCGAAGUAGAUUACGGCGCUGGUCUCGUCCGCUGGUUCGCCGGCGAAGCAGACCGAUUGGAGCCGCCGCCUCCGCUGCCACCAACAACUCCACAAUUACCGUCCCCGGCCGCAUCCCGCGUCUCCUCCCCCACAUCCGACGACGACGGCGCCGUCCCCGCUUCGACACCCGCAGUCGGCGUGUUCCCCAGAAAGCGCGGCGCGCUCCUCAAGCAGCCCAUCGGCGUCGUUCUCGCCCUGGUGCCAUGGAGCUUCCCCCUCGCCCUCACCCUCCGCAAAACCGCGGCAGCCUUAGCAGCCGGCUGCACCGUCAUCGUCAAACCGUCCUCCGAGACCCCGCUAACGGCCCUCGCCCUCGCCUGCCUCGCCGACCGCGCGGGCUUCCCCGCCGGCGCCCUCAACGUCCUGACGACGAGUCUAGGGAACACGCCGGUGGUAUCCGAGGCGCUGUGCAUGCACCCGCUCGUCAAGGCCGUAAGCUUCACGGGCAGCGCACGCGUCGGGAAGCGGGUCGCCGCCUCGUGCACGCGGAAUCUGAAGCGUCUGUCGCUCGACCUGGGCGGCAACUGCCCGGCCGUCGUGUUCGAUGACGCGGACCUCGGUCAGGUGGCCAAGGACCUCGCGGCGCUGAAGUGGCGACAUGCGGGGCAGGCCUGCGUCGCGCCGAACCGGUGUUACGUGCAGCGGCGGGUCUAUGAUGUGUUUUCCACGCUGCUGGUGGCGGAGGCGUCGAAGCUCAAGGUCGGGCAUGGGAUGGUUAAGGAUACGACGCUGGGUCCGUUGACGACGAUUCGCGGGCUGUACAAGGCCGAGGCGCUAUGCAAAGAUGCGACGGAGAAGGGGGCUGUCAAGCUUCUCGGCACGGGCAGAAGAGAGCCUGGUGACGGGUACUUCAUGGCGCCGACUGUGUUGGGUAGUAUGACGGACUCGAUGUUGAUGUGUCGCGAGGAAGUCUUUGCCCCCGUGUUGGGCCUCUACGUGUUUGACACGGAAGACGAGGUUGUGAUGAGGGCGAACGACACACCCGUCGGCUUGGCUGGGUACGUCUUUACGAAGAAUUCCGAUCGUUUGUGGAGGAUGUUUGAUCGGCUGGAUGCCGCAGUUCUAGGAAUGAACACGGUCUGCUUGGUAACAGAAACUCCCAUACCGGCUUCAAAUAAUGGGAACGGGUACACACCCUCACAAGCUACAGCCUUGGAUGAGUUUCUCGUUACAAAAGGCGCUGCAAUGUCUCCCUCGUAG